AAUAUUCAUAUUAUAAGAUUUGUUUUAUUAAUAUAUUUAUACAGAUAUCCUGGCUUUAGUCAUCGACAUACAACCACGAAAAUAUAUCCCGACAUCAUCUGGUGUAAGUUGUGUUCGAGAAUUGACUCUACUGAAUGAAGAAAAAUCACAAAUACUGCUGACGGUGUGGGAUGAGCUGUUUGAGAAUGAAUGUGCUGUUAUUUCAAGCAAAAUUGGAGCAAGACCAGUUCUAGCAGCCAAGAACCUUAAAGUUGUUUCAUAUAUGAACACAUCACUCAGUACAAAACCUGCAAGUCGCCUCCUAAUUGAUCCAGAACUACCACAAGCAAUUGCACUACGCACCUGGCGAGCUGAAAAUAACAUGUACUUAGAGCACUUUGUUUCUAGAGACCUUCCAGCUUCUUCAACCUUGACUAUACCUACAAGUGAUACACUUACACCAAUCAAUACUGUUAAAAGCCUUGUAGAACAGAAAGAUAGGUUUUGGAUUGAAGGAAAAUUUUGCGUAAGGAACUUAAAUCAAAAUUUCUGGUAUAUGGCUUGUGAUAAAUGUCACAAAUCUACACAAAAAGAGUUCAACGAGCCUGUAGAAAAAGACCACUGCAACAACAAAGAUGGCAAAGCAAUACCCAGGUGUUUUGUUCUGGUUGAAUGUGAAGAUACUUCUGGAGUGUUACCUGCAGCAAUUUUCGGAGAGAACGCAGAGAAAUUCAUUCACUGCAGUGCACUUGAAUUAAUGAAACACACCACUGAGGAAGGAAUUGAUAACUUGGAAACAAUUGCUGAUGUCUCCAGUACUACAGAAUAUACUGCCCAGAUCAAGACAUAUAAAUAUAUACGACAACAGCAAACAAAAUACAAGUACACCAUCACACAUCUUAUGGAUAUAUCUGAGGGGAAAAAAUAUAGUGAUGUGUAGCUCCAGAAGCUCCAACUAUGUAUAUAUUGUAUAAAAGAAGAAACUCUUUAAGCUGCCUUUUUUUUUAUUGUAAAUAUGCUCUAAAAGUAACUUAAAACUUUUGGAGAACAGGUCUGUAUAAAACUAAAAGAAGAAACUCUUUAAGCUGCCUUUUUUUUUUUAUUGUAAACAUGCUCCAAAAGUAACUUAAACCUUUUGAAGAGCA